AUGGCGGAAUCGACAGACUUUGUCAAUGCAUUCCUUAAGGAUAUUAAAGAGAAGCUGAUGCCCAUUGCGAAAGUGGAACUGGAUGCGUUAUUGGAUCUCAAACGAGCGCAUAUUGAGAGCACGAAAAGCAAAGAUGCCAGUGGUGUUGUACCUGAGGAGGCUGGAACAUUUCAUUUCUGGGAUUUCAGCUACUACGGUAACCUCACCAAAGUACGGACGCAUUCUUUUGACGAGGAGAAGUUCUCGGAAUACUUCUCCCUAGAAAGAUUCUUAGAAGGCAUGAUGUCGACUUUCUCGCGGCUUUCGGCCUUCAGUUUUGCAAGAUAA